AGUGGAAACAAUGCAUCAUGUAUGGGUAUUAGAUACUGAAAAUGAAACACUGAUGCACAAAUAUCACGAGAUAUUUCAAGAUCUUUGGCACGAUUUUAAUGGAUUUGUCUUGGGAUUUGUAAGGAGGUGCCAGGGCAAGUGCGGCAAGGGAGUGUGACAAGGCCAUAAAACAACGGUGUAACAUAAAACAAACGGUGUAAGGGAGGGAGUGUGAGUAAGGGAGUGUGACAAGGCCAUAAAACAACGGUGUAAGAGCCUCUUCAAUACACCAUCACAAAGCCCACGAAUAGCUGCUGUCCUAUUCGUCACCUAUGCGCUUUGAUUACCUUUAGGCAAAUUACCUAGAUAUUUGGUUGUGAAAAACAACAAUGUCGGACAUGCUUAAACAUGAAGAUACGGCUGCAGUCGUCAAGAGAUCACCCGGUUAUACUGCUUUAGUGUGGUUUAUGGUACUGACAUCAGCAGCACACCAAGUAGGCCAUGUUUCCAGCGGUUCAGCAGUUGCACACCCAGGCCCUGGCUCAGGUCCCCUGCACAACUCCACUGCCCUCUGGGCGGUGCACUCGGUCGGCGCUGUAGCACCAGUUCGCUGUCUGCCCGGCUGGCGGCGCCACCGGCGCAGCUGCUACCGUGCUCUGACGGUCACCGCUGUCCGGUAUGACGAGGCGCGGGAGCGGUGCCACCAACUCGACCCGGCCGCAGACCUGCCUAUCACCAGGGACCUCGAGGAGGUCGAAUUCGUGCAAGGCCUGGUGGCGCCGUCUGAGCGGCCCUCGGCUGUGUUUCUGGGUGCCACUGACCGCCAGACCGAGGGUCAGCUUCUGUGGCACGACGGCUCACCAGUGGCGCUGGACAACAGCGUCUGGGCCAGGCACGAGCCGACCAACAGCAGCCGCCAGAACUGCCUGCUGCUCAUGACACAGCUGGACAGAGCUGCUGGACGAGCCGUGUUCUCUGCUGGCGACACCAGCUGCAGCACCGCCACCUCCACUGUAGUCUGCCAGAUGCCCUUCUCCGUGCUGGCGCUGCCCGUCAGGACGCCGACAAAUGAAACAGAUGAAAUGGCGUCACUGAAGAAGAACGGGACAGGAUGUGACCAUUAUGGCUCGGUGCGGUUCGGCGGCUCAUGUUACCUGUAUCAGGACGACUACUUGACCCAGCCGGAGGCCGAGCGGCUCUGUCGACGCCGCGGCUUCAGACUGGCCAGCGUGGAGUCACAGACGGAGAACGACUUCAUCAGGAAGCUGAUUCUGGACGUGACCUGGCUGGGCGGCCAACUGCGUGGCCGGCGCUGGCGCUGGUCGGACGGCCGGCCGCUGCUGUUCACCCGCUGGGCGGCCGCCAGCGCCUUCUUUCACCAGCAGCCCGACGGCCGCGGACGGGAGCGCUGCCUCAACAUGCUGAGCUCGGUCCGAAGCGGCUGGGUCGGCGACAAACAGUUGGCCGGAGACGGGUACUGGGCCGAUAAUGAGUGCGCCGUCCGCUGGCCCUCCGUCUGUGAGAUCCCGGCCACUGCGUGAGAAACCAGAGACGAUUCACGAAGAACCGGACUCACGGAUGAAGCGGUGGCAGCAGCGGUGGCAGCGGCAGCAGUGCAGCAGCGGCAGCGGCAGCAGCGACAGCGGCAGCGGCGGCAGCGGCGGUGGCAGCAGCAGCGGCAGCGGCAGCGGCGGCGGCGGCGGCGGUAGCGGCAGCGGAGCGCGCAUUACGCUGUGGCCAGUCUGCCGAGUAGCAGCAGCAGACCGCUGGCCGGCAGGACGGUCAUCCAGCCGGCGAGGAGCGCCCGCACCGAGCCGGCGCCGCUCCUGCACACCUCUGAGCCGUGAAUGAAGCCCGAACAGUGGGUCUGACGGAACGAGACACACAGGUCAGGUCAGCGAGACACCGAUAAGGUCAUAGACACAGGUCAGGUCACAGAAACCAGCCACAUCGCUGCGACAUUGGCACGCCAUUAACCAUAAAGAGCACAUAAUACCGAUGGCAAAAUUAUGUGCAUAAAUAGGUGUAGAUGUAGAUGAAUUGCGCGUGCGGUCUUAGCCUUAUAGAUGCACGGUGCAUGACGCUUUGGUGAGCUGGUGUUUCGGUUUACUGGAUAGACGACAUUCUACAAUGUCAAGAAAAGUCACGAAUCAUCGA